AUGAUAUAUCCUCUGAAAACCACUGGACGUCCGAGUUGCGAUUGGUGUCUGGUGCCCCACCGAAGAUUGAACACCUCUACCUGCCUGCAUAUGCAUCCUCCUUUAAAAUACAAUUACAUCGACCAGGCAGAAGAUCUCUUCGUCUAUCAGGCUGGCGGCUACCACCCCGUCGCCAUUGGCGAUCGAAUUCAUAACCAACGCUACCGCGUUCUCGUUGCCAUCAAGAUUGAGCUUGCAAGCUCGACAUCGAAUGAAGUCGCCACUCUUCUUGCCGUACAAGCUGACUCCGAGGGCAACGGCAGAGGGAUCCCUGCAGUGCUUGAUCACUUCGAGAUCACUGGUCCAAAUGGAACGCAUUCCUGCUACGUAAUGGUACCCGCAAUGUGCAGCCUGAGCGGUGCCAAAGAUGCUGGAAAAGAACGGGUCUUCUCCAUCGACGUGGCUCGUGCGCUGAGCACCCAGCUGCUCCAAGCAGUGGCUUGCGUACAUCAGCGGGGCUUUCUCCCAGAAUCAUUCUCUCAUCUUUCAGACCAAGAGCUGUAUGCAGAAUACGGCGAGCCAGUCCUGGAAGCGGUGACACGCAGUGAUGGAGAUCACAGUCCGCUCCCGCCUGGUAUCCCAGCACAAGUCGUAAUGCCUCUAUGGCUGGCAAGGCCGAGCGAAGGACUCUCUGUGAACGAGGCCAAGCUAUUGCUUUCGGAUUUUGGCGAAGCAUUCGCUCCAUCACAGGAGCGGCGUCUCAAUCAUAAUGCGCCAGCUGCAAGCCGACCACCGGAAUCUCGAUUCGCGCCUGAGCAACCUGUGAGCUUCGCAGCGGAUAUCUGGAUGCUUGCUUGUACUAUAUGGCAAAUUUGCGGCCAAAAGCCACUCUUUGAGGGCGCAUUUGCUACAGAUGAUAGCAUGACUCGACAGCAGGUGGAAGCUCUCGGAAAGUUACCUGCGUCCUGGUGGUUAAAGUGGGAAACGAGAGAUCAAUUCUACACCGAAGAUGGCACAGCGCUUUCCAGUUACCCACGAAGAAUGCUCUCUAUGCGUAUACAACAGCACAUGGUGAAGCCUCGGGCAGGCCGCAACAUGAAAUGCUUCGAUGACGACGAAUUGCAAGCGCUGGAGGCUUUGCUCCGCGCUAUGUUAGCAUUCCUUCCAGAAGAUCGCCCGACAAUUACCGAAGUCCUCGAGUCUGAUUUGGUGAAAAGGUGGGCACCUGGCCGAAGUGAUGUCCAUAGUCGGGCAUUGUAG